UCUCACUCACACAAAACAUACACUCUGCGUCUCUCCUUCCUCUCACAACCUCCCCAUCUCUCUCUGUUUCUCUCUCUCUCUCUCACACUUUUCCUCUCUCUCUGUCCCCUCCCUCUCUCACCCCUCACACAUUCUCUUGUGCAGAUACGGCUCCAGCACCAGGAGCUGUGAGCGGGGGAAGCGGGAAUAACGCAGCUCCUAGCGGGCAACAGAGCCGUUAUGAGCGGGUCAGUGCUUCUCAGCUCUGCCGCCGGCUAAUACUGGGAGGGGCGGGGGAGAACAACACAAGGGUGGCUUCUAAUUAAAUGCCUUUCGCUGUCCAUCUGCAUCAUGCUAUACUUCCAGCUGGUGAUCAUGGCCGGGACCAUCAUGCUGGCCUACUACUUCGAGUACACGGACACCUUCUCCGUGCAUGUGCAGGGCUUCUUCUGCUACGACACGUCGUACACCAAGCCGUACCUGGGGCCGGAGGACAGCAGCGCCGUCCCGCCCAUCCUGAUGUACGCCGUGGUGGCCGGACUGCCCACGCUGCUGAUCACAAUCACAGAGACUGUGCUGUUCCUGGUCCAGUACACAUCCAAAGAUUUUGACCGCUCAGAAAAGACAGUGGCUACUGGUGACUGCUGUUACCUCAACCCGUUGGUGCGCAGAACCUUCCGGUUCCUUGGAGUCUACGCCUUUGGCCUCUUUACCGUUGACAUCUUUGUCAAUGCAGGGCAGGUAGUGACAGGCAACCUGGCACCCUACUUCCUGACGGUUUGUAAGCCAAACUACACAGCACUUGGCUGCCAACAAGCCCUGCGCUACAUCAGCCAUCAAGAGGCCUGCACAGGGAAUCAGGAUGAUGUCCUGCGGGCCCGCAAGACCUUUCCCUCAAAGGAAGCUGCUCUCAGUGUCUAUGCUGCUCUCUAUCUUGCUAUGUAUGUGACUUGCACUGUGCAGGCCAAGGGGACUCGUUUGGCCAAGCCAGUCAUGUCUCUUGGGUUCAUGUGUCUUGCCUUCCUGACUGGUCUGAAUCGUGUUGCUGAAUACCGCAAUCACUGGUCUGAUGUCAUCGCUGGCUUUAUCAUCGGCAUGGCCAUCGCGACGUUCCUGGUGGUGUGUGUCGUCCAUAACUUCAAAGGUAAAUUACUGCUGGAUGAGGAGUCUCCUGCUGAACAGCAACCCAACACAGCCAUGCUGAACAUGGGCCAAGUGGAAAGUCCUCUGGAGAAAUACAUUGCUUCACAGGAGACAGAUGAUGAAGAUGAGGAAUCGUGCUUUAUUAAGGAGUGCCUCCAAGCGUUCCUGCGUUGGCUGCAUGGUCUCAAGUGGUUUGAGCAUCUCAGAAAUAAAAGGCAAACAAGCUUUGAAGUGGUUUGGAAAAUGAAAUCUCUAGAGAUAACAGCACACCUCUUUCUUUUCUACUAUUUCCUCCUGCUGUGUUUCAUUCUGCUGGCUGGCAUUGUGGAGUAUGUAGGAUCUAGUGUCUGCAUGGUACCACUAUAGGCUGCAAAUUUCUUCAAUUCAUAAACAGCCUUGGUUAAUGAGGUAUACAAAACCUUAUUGGUGGCAGGAUGGAAUGUAUCAAGACUCAGGUAGCUGAUGCUUGUAUUUUCAUGCUGGGGUCAUGCAUGGUUGCACCAGGUUUAUUUAUAUUAUGCUGGAUUGUGAAAUGCCAUAUUUUAAUAUUUUAAUGAAUGCCUUUGUAAUUCAGGUCCCCCGAAGUUGUCCCUGCUACAUGGUUCUUACAUAACAUUGUGGCCACCAACAGGAACAGUGAUUAAUGUAAUGAAUCUUAUUAAAAACAUUCUGCUGAAACAAA